GUUGGGGGAUGCUGUGCAUCCUCCAUAGUGUCUGCGGAGGAACCGCAACAGCCAGAGCUGCUUCCUAGAGCUGACGGCCGGCGCUUGUCGGACAUUGGAAGGCUAUGGGAGCCGCUCGGGGCUUGUCAGACGCCUUUGUUAAGCGGCAUUCCGGAAUCUGACCGGUUAAACCCUUGAGGGCGGUGAAGGCCGGAGUGUCCAGGCCGCCCAGUGCUUCAGGACCAGGAGGUGGGCAGACACAGAGCUCAGCACAUCCACGGUCGUAGUUGAUUGUGGCUGUCUGUGCAGGGGCCGCAUUUGCACUGGAGGCUUGCAUCGCUUGCGGUUCAGACUUGUACUCUACAAGGGAAGAAGAUCGCACACACAUUUUAAUAUCUGCAUUUCUUCAGAUAAUGAUGUCAUCGAGAAAUAAUUAAGAUCACGUGAUCAAUGGAUAAAGUGGGGAAGAUGUGGAACACUAUCAAAUACCGCUGCCAGAAUCUCUUCAGCCAUGACGACGAUGGAAGCCAAAGUGAUGCUGUGGAUGUUAAUGCUAACAGGUGUUUAAAUGGGAGCAGUAAAAAUGAACUUGCUGCCAGUCACUCUCCCAUUCGGGCAAUUCUCCCAUGUCAGGAAAGCACUUCACGUGCUUUGAGUUUAAGUCCUUGUAGUAGCAGCUUAAAUAGAAGUCAGAUUUGUGUGACUGAAAUGCCUCAGCUUGUUGAGAUAAGCAUUGAAAAAGACAAUGACGCUGGGUUGAGUGUGGGAACGCGACUAGCUCGCCGAGAUUCGUACACUCGUCACGCACCAUGGGGUGGAAAGAAAAAACACUCUUGCUCCACAAAGACUCAGAAUUCUUUCGAUCCAGAUAAAAAAAUGAACAGGCAGAGGAAUGGACUGCAAAGGAGAGAGAGAAGACUUGGUGUGAGUUCUGUUCAUGACAUGGAAGUCAUGUCCAGCAGAGCUAUAGGAAGCCGCAGCUUACGGCAGCGUCUAAACGACACUGUGGGUUUGUGUUUUCCCAUGAGGACUUAUAACAGGCCAUCCAAACCUCUAUUUACCAACAAGAGGAAGAUUCAUCUGUCUGAGCUAAUGCUUGAAAAAUGCCCUUUCCCGGCUGGGUCAGACCUAGCUCAGAAAUGGCACCUGAUUAAGCAACAUACCGCACCUGUUAGUCCGCAUCCUAGUAUUUUGGACACAUUUGAUGAGCCUGCUGUUUCUGCUGAAGACGAGGAAGACCGAUUGCGUGAGAGACGGAGACUGAGUAUUGAGGAAGGCGUAGAUCCCCCUCCAAAUGCUCAGAUCCACACAUUUGAAGCUACAGCACAAGUUAACCCCGCGUAUAAGCUUGGACCAAAACUGGCCCCUGGGAUGGCAGACUUGUCUCCCGACGGUAGUGCAGCAACACUAGGUGGAUGUGAAUCUGAAGAGGACACGACUACCCUCUGCUUGCAGUCGCGCAAACAGAAGCAACGUCACACUUCAGGAGACAGCCAUACCCAAACUAGCAGACAAGUGGCUUGGAAAGUCCAUACGCAGAUUGAUUACAUUCACUGCCUUGUACCCGAUUUGAUUGAAAUAACCAGCAAUCCUUGUUACUGGGGUGUCAUGGAUCGGUAUGAGGCAGAAGCACUUUUAGAAGGCAGGCCAGAAGGUACAUUUUUGCUCAGGGACUCUGCACAAGAGGACUACUUAUUCUCUGUGAGCUUCCGUCGCUACAAUCGAUCUCUGCAUGCUCGCAUUGAGCAGUGGAAUCAUAACUUUAGCUUUGAUGCUCAUGACCCAUGUGUAUUUCACUCCUCCACAGUCACAGGGCUUCUAGAACACUAUAAAGAUCCCAGCUCUUGCAUGUUUUUUGAACCAUUGCUUACCGUACCCUUAAAUAGGACUUUCCCUUUCAGUCUGCAGUAUAUCUGCCGGGCAGUCAUCUGCAGGUCUACCACAUAUGAUGGAAUUGACGUACUUCCUCUGCCAUCUAUUCUACAAGACUUCCUUAAGGAAUAUCAUUAUAAGCAAAAAGUCAGAGUACGCUGGUUGGAAAGGGAGCCCAUUAAAUCAAAAUGAAAAAGAAA